CAGCCCAGCCAGGGACGCGGAUGCGGUCGGUGCACGUUCCCAAGUUGCCGCCCUGCUUUGCUUUGCUGGUCGUCGUCUCCCUCACGCCUCCGCCAAAGCCUACCAGCGUCGACCUUUCACUUGCUAGCAGAUCAUCGUGUUCGCCGCCGCCCCCUCCACCCAAACCCUGACAACCCGAUCGAAUCAAAACCAAGCUGCCCACCAAAAUUGGCACCCCAAAACUAUGCGAAAUUCCCCGAGAUCCUAACCCAAACCUAGCAGAUCACUCCAACCCAACCCCCGGACAAGAGAUGAGCCUAUCGCCGCUCGACUCCUCCUCGCCGGCGGCGGCGGAGGUCCCGCUCGCCCCGGGCUUCCGCUUCCACCCCACCGAUGAGGAGCUCGUCUCCUACUACCUCCGCCGCCGCGUCCUCGGCCGCCGCCUCCGCGUCGACGCCAUCGCCGAGAUCGACCUCUACCGCCUCGAGCCCUGGGACCUCCCCUCCCUCUCCCGCAUCCGCAGCCGCGACGCCCAGUGGUACUUCUUCGCCCGCCUCGACCGCAAGCUAACCGGGGCCGGUGCGGGGGGCCGCGGCGGCCCGGGGAACAGGACCAACCGCGCCACGCCGCGGGGCUACUGGAAGACCACGGGAAAGGACCGCGAGGUGUACCACCGCGGGAAGCCGGCGGGGAUGAAGAAGACGCUCGUGUUCCAUGCCGGGAGGGCGCCCAAGGGGGAGAGGACCAACUGGGUCAUGCACGAGUACCGACUCCUCGACGCAGACGGACCACAGGAUCUGCAUGUGGUGUGUAGAAUCUUCCAGAAAGUUGGGUCUGGACCAAUGAACGGAGCGCAGUAUGGUGCACCUUACAUGGAAGAGGAAUGGGAAGAAGAAGAUGAUGCAAUUGAGAAUGAACCUGCCAGUGGUGCGUCGGCAGAAGUGGCUGCACUCACAGAUACUGCAGACGAGGAGUCGAAUGAGGAGGAUGAGAAUGGAUAUUGUAAAACCAAUGAGCUUGCUCAAGCCCGUAAAGUGCUCAACCCACCAGAGAUGCCUCCACUCCAAGCUCAAGGUUUUGAAGAGACCAGUGACGGAGGCUACGCUGAUGGUGUUAUUUCUCUCGAAGAAAUCUUGCAGGAACCUUUGUCAACUGUUAGUGCGGAGAAUAUAUGCACAUCUGAAGCGCAGAAUGCUAUCGAUGAUAACUUCAGUGUUGCUGAUUUAUCAGGAUACCCCAGGAAAGAUGAUGGCUAUGUAGGUCAGAAUGGCACUAUGAAUUGGAGUGACCCAGCAAAUGGUGAUGACACUUGUUGGCCUUUGAGAGCAUAUAGUAAUCAGAACUAUGUCAAUGGGACUCUUAGUGCUGAGGAGUUAUUCGACACAGGGAAUGAUAACAUUGGGAAUGCAUAUUCAGAUCAGCAGCAAAAUUGCCAUCAGGAGUACCAGAACCUGGACUCGCAAUCUGAUGGUUUUCCAGCACCUCAGCAAGUGGAUGGCAAUAUGGUGUUUCACGAUGCUACAUCUGAUCACAAGUGGGUGGAUGGAAAUGACGACUUUGUAUAUUUGAACGACCUCCUCAAUGAGCCACUUGGAAAUCAAUCACUCUUUGAUGGAGAUGAUUUGAUGGCUUAUUUUGAUGCCACGGAAAAUGAUUUCAAGUAUGACAUUUUGGGUCCCCCUGAGAAUUCUAAUUAUCAACUUACAGACAUGUCGAACUUUGCCCAAAAGGGUGAUAACAAGGAUAAGUUUACAUUUGAUGGUAUCUCCAAGGCUUCAGUUGCACAAUACGGUGCAUCUUCAUCUGGUUCCCAUGAGGAUCUGUAUCCAGAUACUGCAGUACCAGAUGCGCUAAUGGAUGACGCCGCUGACAAAACUUUUGGAAAGCGUCUUGCCAACAUGUUGGGCUCAAUCCCAGCUCCACCUGCAAUGGCUUCAGAAUUCCCUCCAACCACGGGAAAAUCUGUUGGCCCACUCUCUGGUGCCAACCCGAGCUCGAUUCGCGUUACCGCCGGCAUCAUCCAACUUGGUGGCCUCACCUUUACUGGCAGUUCCGAGCGCUGCCCCUUGCAGAAGAAUGGAGACUUGAGUUUGCUUCUGUCUUUCACCAUGGAGAGCGACGUGUCAUCCAAGCCUGUUGAUUUCGAGCAGGCUACACAGAUAAGCACAGUCCCGAUGGUGCUGCGCAGCGGCUUCUAUCUCUUCUUUGUCUCAGCCAUGAUUCUCAUGUUGAGCUACAAAAUAGGGUCGUGUAUCUACAGCAGCAAUAAAUUCUUGGACUGGAGAAGUUAGCGAUGGACGCAUUUGAUGCGGAGACCUUGUGCUUCAUCUGGGACAUGUACUGUAACUAUUUUUCUGUUACACUGGGAGGUUGGGGGCCCUUAUUAUUGUAACCUAAUUUAACAGCGAUGCCUUCUCCUUCUCUAGUUUGGAAGACCACCAUUGUUAAUAAGCCCCUCACGCAGGGAGGGUACCCAGUCGAUUAUCAGAAGUUUCCCUUAUUGUGU